CAAAAUAACAACAAUUCACGUCAGUGAGUGAUUCCGAUCAGACCCGACUGCAGCGUCCGGAAGUUGUUUUUCCAUCGGAUCGUUGGUGACCAACUCGUUGCAAACAGCUCGCAGCAACCACUGUACCGUCCGUGUUGCCAGGAUUAUCGUUUAAGGUCCCACGUUGUGCGGAGUCUGAAGUCGGAGCGAACGACGAGCAUCGAAACGAAAUCAGGAGAACAGAGACUGAAUCAAGAACCCCAAGGCCGACAGGCGACAAGCUCGCCAAACAAAGUGUUCCCUAUUGAGUGAGAGCGGGGUCUCAAGCUCCAUCGACAAUGUGCGGGUGGCUUCUCCUCUUGGCGGCUGUUUGCAGCGCUGCUAUGCCCGACUCGACGCAAGCCGUGCAGUCCGCAAUCGGAAGCUGUAACUAUGGUUGCAGCAAAAAUAGGUUGGCCUCGAUGGACCCGAAUUCGGCACUGGUUCGGGAGGCCCAGGUUCAGGCCAUAAAGAACAAGAUCCUAAAACAUCUCGGCCUAAGGCACGCGCCGAAUUUCACCAUGCCGGCGGAACGGAGAAAGAGAAUUCUCGAUUUGCUCAGCGACGAGAUGGGUUUCGCAGCCGAAGAGAACUACAAGACGCCGGGUGAUGAGGAGGUGAAAUUCGAGGAGGAAAGCAAAUCGAGUGCCUUAUUCGCUGACGAAGAUCUUUCAUGUGCCCCGGGCGUGAGCGAGAACGCCAUCAUUUGCUUGAAAUUCCAAAUUCCAAAAGAGAUCCAGAGUCGAGUGGUGGCCAACGCGGAAAUCGGCUUCUCAUUCCCGGCUGGACGGAAUCACUCUUUCCAAUUGCGAGAGUUCCGCAAGGACGUCCGAGCUGGCCUCAACCAACCCUGGCUCGAAGGGUCGCUCAGCGGCGAUCGGGUGCGUUUCGAUACCACGAAUCUCUCUCGGGCAUGGACGAUGGAAAGCAGCCGCACGCAGAGGCGUCAACCGCAAAUCAGAGUUCUUCAAGUGGUCUGUCCGACGUGCUCGUCGCUCAAGCAAUCGGACGUCCAACGUUUACGUGACGCUGAGCUAUCGCGACCUUUCAUGAUGCUCAAAAUGGAUCACUCACGCAUGAAGAGAAGAACCCGAAGAAGUGUUGACUGUGAUCUCAAAAACGAGACUCCGGGUUGCUGCCGGUACCCAUUCGAAGUGGAUUUCCAUCAGAUCGGCUGGGACUGGAUCAUCUUGCCCAAAUCCUACAAGCCGAACUUCUGUCGCGGAACUUGCAAUCUCGAAGUCAAUCUGCAACGUCAACACACAAUCGUCAUGAGCGCCUACAUGAAACACUAUCCGAGUCAGGCCAAAAAGAUCGAGUUAUCAAUGUGUUGCACCGGCGUGAAGAUGUCAUCGUUGAAUAUCGCUUACUCCGUCGAUGGCAAGAACGUUCAUCAGUCAACCCUCGAGAACAUGAUUGUCGACGAGUGUCAUUGCGCUUGAGGUCGUCUGACAGCUCAUCACCACCACUAGGGAAUUAGCUAUGAUAUUAUUUAUUUAUUUGGUGCCGAGUGACUUUUUGCUUCGCUUGAAAGGCUCAGAGAAGCGGGUCAGGAGUCCGAGCUCAUCCAUUCUUGUUUCCUGACCGCAAGAGCCACGAAGCGUAACGUCAUUUGCACAACGACUCAACGACCUUUCGGGAUCCUUCACGGUGCAAUAAUUUAUUUAAACUCUAGUUGUGAUUGUACAAAGGGACGAGAUGUUCUAGAUCCUAGAAGUUCACGUACACGGUUUUGGAAAUGCAAUAGCGAUGAUCACCGUGUUCGGCUCGGAAAACUUUCAAGGAUAGCGAGUGGAAAACUUUCGGAAGCGAGAAACAGUCCGCAUCGAGUGACGAUUCUCGAUAGUAUCUGUGGCCCUGCGAGAAUCUGGAAGAUCAGCAUCGGAUACGCACGACGUCGGCCGUCGAAUCGAAUCUCGUUAGUUGACGACAAGCAGCUUCCUCGACGAACGCGCGGUCGGUCGCCUGGACGCGAGAGCGCACGCACGGACGGACCGCGUGUGUAUACAUUCGCGCUGCUUGUGCAUGCAAGUGUUGGGUGCCUGGAUAUGAGUGUGUGUACGAGCGUGCCUGCGUUGAGCAUUGAUUGUUGACUCUGUAAAUACACGGUACGUUG